CACGAAUACUGUCUGAUGCCGAGUAAUUUAACACUUGGAGUAAAAAUGAAGAACUUGCAAAAGAUACAUGCUUUGUUCAUUACGUCCUGUUUGAUAAUAAAUGAAGCAAUUCAAUUUAAAAAUUCAGACGACGAACAAAUAUGUCAAUUUGAAGAAAAUACGACGAGAACAGCAGAAAAUAGAUAUUUAGAAAACUUAAAAAAUGCUUAUGAAAAUGGAUGUAAAUGGCAUGAAAACGUAGCAAUAGCUUAUGCUUCUAAUGGGUAUUUAGAAUGUUUAAAAUAUGCUCAUCAAAAAGGAUGUCCGUGGGAUGAAAGCACACCAGAAGCAGCUGCAACAUAUGGUCAUUUAGAAUGCUUAAAAUAUGCCUUUGAAAAUGACUGUAAAUGGGAUGAACGUACAACUACUGCGGCUGCCAAAAGAGGUGAUUUAAGAAUUUUAAAAUAUGCACAUGAAAAGGAAUGUCCAUGGGAUGAAAGCACAACAGAAGCAGCUGCUUCUAACAAUAAUUUUGAAUGUUUAAAAUAUGCUUAUGAAAAUGGCUGUAAAUGGAAUGAAUUAAAUAUUGCAAAAAAAUCUAUUUCAAAUGGCAAUCUAGAAAUAUUAAAAUAUUUGCACGAAAAUGGAUACAAAUUCAAUGAAUUCACAAUUUUUAUGGCUGCCGUAAAAGAUGAUCUAGAAAUUUUAAAAUAUGUCCUUGAAAAUGGAUAUCCUUGCAAUAUGAGUUCAACUUACAUAGUUGCCACAAAUGGUAAUCUUGAAAAUUUUAAAUAUUUACAUGAAAAUGCAUGUCCAUGGGAUGAAACCACAACUAAAUUAGCUGCCUAUAAUGGUCAUUUAAGUAUCUUAAAAUAUGCACAUGAAAAUGAAUGUCCGUGGGAUGAAAGCACAACAGAAGCAGCUGCAACCAAUGGUCAUUUAGAAUGUUUAAAAUAUGCUUUUGAAAAUGACUGUAAAUGGGAUGAACGUACAACUACUGCGGCUGCUAAAAGAGGUGAUAUAAAAAUUUUAAAAUAUGCUCAUCAAAAAGGAUGUCCGUGGGAUGAAAGCACAACAGAAGCAGCUGCAACCAAUGGUCAUUUAGAAUGUUUAAAAUAUGCUUUUGAAAAUGACUGUAAAUGGGAUGAACGUACAACUACUGCGGCUGCUAAAAGAGGUGAUAUAAAAAUUUUAAAAUAUGCUCAUCAAAAAGGAUGUCCGUGGGAUGAAAGCACAACAGAAGCAGCUGCAACCAAUGGUCAUUUAGAAUGUUUAAAAUAUGCUUUUAAAAAUGACUGUAAAUGGGAUGAACGUACAACUACUGCGGCUGCCAAAAGAGGUGAUAUAAAAAUUUUAAAAUAUGCACAUGAAAAGGAAUGUCCGUGGGAUGAAAGCACAACAGAAGCAGCUGCUUCAAGCGGUAAUUUAGAAUGCUUAAAAUAUGCAUUUGAAAAUGGCUGUAAAUGGAAUCAAAAUAUCAUGAGAAGUGCUAUUGUAAAGGGUAAUCUAGAUAUUAUAAAAUAUAUUCACAAAAAUGGAAGUAUGUUUGGUGUAGGAUCAAUUCGAGAUGCUGCAGCAAGUGGUUGUAUUGAUUGUUUAAAAUAUAUACAUAAAAAUGUUGGUAAAUGGGAUGAGGGUACAACAAGAGUUGCUGCGGCAAGUGGUUGCAUCGAAUGUUUAAAAUAUGCCCACGAAAAUGGAUGUGUAUGGGAUGAGGGCACAACUAGAGCUGCUGCUGCAAGUAGUUGUUACGAGUGUUUGAAAUAUGCCCACGAAAAUGGAUGUGUAUGGGAUGAGGGUACAACUAGAGCUGCUGUAGCAAAUGGUUGCAUCGAAUGUUUAAAAUAUGCUCACGAAAAUGGAUGUGUAUGGGAUGAGGGUACAAUUCGAGCUGCUGCUGUAAGUGGUUGUUACGAGUGUUUGAAAUAUGCCCACGAAAAUGGAUGUGUUUGGGAUGAGGGUACAACUAGAGCUGCUGCAGCAAGUAAUUGUUUAAUCGUCUUGCUUUAUGCUCAUAUUAAGGGAUGUAAUUGGGAUGAAGAUACAAUAGUUGCAGCAGCUGUUCAUGGUAAUUUAAAUUGUUUAGCAUAUGCUCGUAGACAUGGAUGUGAUUGGGUUGAAGGUACUAUGAGAGGGGCUGCAGCAAAUGGGUAUUUUAGCUGUCUAAAAUUUGCUCACGAAAAUGGGUGUCCGUGGGACGAAGGCACUACAAGGGAAGCUGCUGCGAGUAAUUAUAUUAACUGUUUGAUAUUUGCACAUGAAAAUGGAUGUAAAUGGGAUAACGGAACAACGAUUGGAGCUACUGCUAAUGGCAAUUUAGACUGCCUAAAAUAUGUUCGUGAAAAUGGCUGUGAGUGGGAUGAAGACACAACAAGAUUUGCUGCUGCAAAUGGUCAUUUGUUAUGCUUAAAAUAUGCUCAUGAAAAUAAAUGUCCAUGGAGUAGUGGUACCAUUUCUGAAGCGACUCGAAAUGGUCAUACUGAUAUAAUUAACUAUGCUACCGAAAAUGGAUGUCCUAAUUAAUUUCCUGUUUAAAUAUCAUAAUUUUUAUUAUAUUUAUUUAUGUUAACAAAUUUUAUUUUUAAAAUAAAAUAACCGGAAUGGUUUUAUCCAAUA